AAAUUUAAUAUUUAAAGUAAAAUAAAUAAAUAAGUAAAUAAAAUAAUGAAUGGAGUCUUGGUUUGGGGCAAUGAAGAUCCAUGUUGAUUGGACAGUGUGAAAUUUAGGGCUGGAAAUUCAUAUUUCAAUCUUCUUUCACAAGUUAGGCGCAAAUGUGGAGGAGAAACGCACUGGGAGUACGAAAUACAACCAUAAUUUCAUCAAAGACUUUCAAAAAUAAUGCGCAAGAAGACCAAGAUUCUGAUCAGAGCAUCUCUGAAGAGGAGAUAGGUUUGGAGGAUGAGUGGAGAGGAAAUGCGAUUUCCUUUGGUGGAGCAGGAGAUAACAAGGGGGGUAUGCAGGUCUUAUCACAACUUGAGCUACUUAGAGGUUCUUAUGAACUUCAUUCAACUGAGAAGGAGGCUGUAUCAUCUCAUGAGAGAAAAGUAGGUUGCCAUAUUGAUGAUGAAGUUGAAGAUCCUCUCUUCAAUGAUGGGGAUGAAACCAACCUCUACACGAGAAUUGCUAAUGCUACCUGUACCCUCUCAAAUGAAAGAAUAGUCUACUUACCAACAAUGGGUUCAGUCUCAGAUUCAGAUGAAGAAAUUGUUUCCAAUGAUGAGAAAAUCCACCCUCCUGCGCUUAGGAGUGUACUAGAGAAUGUGGGUGGCACAUGCUCUGAAGCAAGUCAGCAAGUGGAGACACUAAUCCGAUUAAAUGAGAAUCCUAGCUGUUCCUCAUCCCAUGGUGUCUUUGUGAAGGAAAAAAGACCCUCUAUAGGUGCAGGUCAUAGUACAAAAGCCAAGCCCAAAUUUUUAUUCCGUUUGCAUUCACGGAUUUCAAAAUCAGAUGAAGUUAGUGCUGUAGCUGGUGAAGACAUGAGCAAAUUUAAGGAUGAGUCUGAGCUGAUUUUUCAUGAAAAAGAACCCAAACAGCCAGAAAAAUACAUAGUCCCAUCCGAACUGGCCCAUAAAUAUGAUCUGAAAGAGCAUUCGAUGGUUGAAUUUCUAGACUGCUUCCAGGAGAGGAGUGAUCUGCCACUAGAAUGUCCAGAACCAAUAAUGCAGAUUAAGGGAAGAGAACGAAGAGUGCAGAUGGUUUUAAAAAGAAAUAAGUCUUCAUUCGGUUGUAGGAACCUGGAUGAUGAUGAUGACCUACCUGAGGCUCUGGAUAGUGGGCUUCCCUGUUGCAGUGAUGAUGAGGAGAAUCCUCAAAGUCUAAAGUCAAUGAUCCCUAGGAGGACUAUGGCAGAUCAAUUUCAUGAAGCUUUGGGGACAGUGUCUGCAGUUGAUGAGAGGCCCCACUUGGCUUUCCAAGACCGUUCUGGUAGCAGUGGGCUAUAUGGGAAGUUGCAGCAAGUGAUGCUGAGCGAGAAAGAAAAAGAUAUGGAUUACUUCAAGAAUAUAAGUGCAGGAAUCAGUUCCAAAGAUGACCGAAUGUGCAUCUCCAUGAGAAUUUUGUCAAGGUCUCUGGAAGCAAAGCUGAUUGUUUGUUCUUGCGCACCUGUUGGAGAGGGAAAGAAAUCAUAUUGGGAGGAUAGCUUGCGUAUGAGAAUGAAAGGGGUGGCAAGGACUUUGACCAUCAUCUUCAACCCGAGAAUAUGUAGUGAUGUUGAGCUGGAAGUUGGCAGCCUGAUUCUCAUACACCCUCCUUGGAAGGAGGUGGAGGUGAAGGUGAAGGGGAAAGAUGAAAUAAUCCUUUUGUGCCUAUAUUUUUCCCAAGUCCAACCUUGACUAAUCCUGCUUUUUAGUAAACAAAAGAUAGUUGGAUGCGACACAGUAUUUAUGAACUCAACUGGAUCCUCGCACCGAGUAAGAGUUGUGAACAUGUGAGAUGGAUGUUGCUGAUGCUGCAUAACUUUAUUACUCGGGAACUUGGUAUUACCCUGUUAAAACACUUGGUGUACUCCCAUCGCACGGGGCACAGAAUUUAGUUCAGAAUGGGAGUUCAUGGAUUUGAAAUCCUUUGCAACACAUAAUUAGCCAUACAAAAUCAAUGGAUUUGUUAUCAUGCAUUUGAAAUACUUAGUUGCAAAUCUUCCGAUUCAAAUUCAACUUGAAAGAAUUAAUCUCUGACUCAUUCCAAUAA